AUGGCAAAAAGGUUCCGGCAAAAUACAUUAGAUGUUUUUCUUAAAAAAAAGCCUAAAUUGAAAUAUCAGGAUGAUGAAUAUGAGGACAGAGAGAAGAGCAAAAGAGAGGAAGAGGAUAGAGAUCAGAAGGAGACAAAAAAGAGCAACAGAGAGGAGGAUAGAGAUCAAAACGAGAUGGAGGAGAGCAACAGAGAGGAAGAGGAUAUAGAUGAGAGGGAGCUAAAAGAGAGCAACAGAGAGGAAGAGGAUAUAGAUGAGGAGACAAAAGAGAACAACAGAGAGGAAGAUAGAGAUCGAAACAAGAUGGAGGAGAGCAGCAGAGAGGAAGAGUAUAGAGAUGAGGAGACAAAAGAGAACAACAGAGAGGAAGAUAGAGAUCGAAACAAGAUGGAGGAGAGCAACAGAGAGGAAGAGGAUAGAGAUGAGAAGGAGGACAGAGAGCAGAGGAACUUAGAUGAGGAUGACAUUAGUGAUGAACAGGGCAGCGAGAACACUGAAGAUGGGACUCUACAUCCCUUUGACCCUCGAAAUAUUGCAUUCCGCGGGAGCUGGGAAGGGGACAGUGAGAAUGGAAACUUUAACCACUUCAUUAACUGGAAAGCACAAUUUGAUGUGGCCUUAAAGCAACACAUGCAGACUGCACCCAAAAAUGCAAUAUACCUUUCACCCGCAAUUCAGAAUGAGCUUAUUGAAUGUUGUGCAGAGGAAAUCAGAGGGACCCUAAUCAAAAGGAUACAGGCAGCCAGGUACUUCACUGUAUUAGCCGAUGAGUCCUUGGAUAUAAGUGGGACUGAACAGAUGUCCAUAUGUGUCCGUUACGUCAAUGAGGAGGAAGAAAACCUAGAGAUAAAGGAGGAUUUUCUCGGUUUCUGUCCCUUGCCCAAACAAGAUGCAGCAACAAUAACCUCAGCCAUUCUCAAUCAGCUGACAAAGUGGGGUCUUCAGACAACUUUCCUAAGGGGUCAGGGCUAUGAUGGGGCCUCUACAAUGAGUGGCAAAGUGAGUGGGGUACAAAAGAGAAUCAAGGAACUGUACCCCAGGGCAGUGUACACCCAUUGUAGGAGCCAUGCACUUAAUUUGGUUGUGGUGCAUGGUUGUUCUGAUCUUCCUUUAGUGAGAAACACAAUGUCCAUCAUAGAAAAAAUUGCCGUGUUCUUCUCAGCCACAGGGGCCAGGAAAGAUGCCCUGCGGGCAGAGAGUACAAGAGAAGGGCAACCAAGAACAGCAGGGAUCCCACUUAUGUCAGACACUAGAUGGGGUAGCAGAGCAAACACACUGAGUGCUUUUGUGGAGAAGUUCACUUCUAUACAUUCUGUGUUGGAGACCAUGGAGGCAGAAGUAACUACCACCUCUGGAAAGGCCAGUACUCUCCGGCAUAGUAUUGGGACAUUUGAGACCAUCAUUACAGCUGUAAUAGCCAACAAAGUGCUGGGUUAUAUGCUACCUCUAACCAAACAGCUGCAGUCUACCAACUUGGACAUCAUCACAGCAUACGAGGAGGCAAGAAAUGUACGGCAAGUCAUAGCCAACCAAAGAAAUGAGCAAGGAUUCAGUCCAUGUUUUCAAAAAGCCACAGCAUUGGCCAAUUCAGUUGAUGUGGUCCCAGCAAAGCGUAGAGUGUCUGUAAAACAGAAUUACAGACCAAACAUAUCCACAGAGUCAGUGGAACACCACUAUCGGGUGAAUCUCUUCUAUCCCUUCAUAGAUCACAUAACCAGUGAGCUGGAUGAGAGAUUCUCUGAAAGUAAUGAGCCUGCAUUACUAGCAGCUUACCUGGUACCAAACGCUUUGAAGAAGCUCACAGAAGAAAGAGAGAAAAGACUGGUAAAGUGGUACCAUGAGGACCUACCUUACCCAAACACAGCAGAGCAGGAAAUAGAAUGCUGGAGGCACAAGUUUCUCUCUGUAGAUGGGGUGCUGCCUGCAUCAGCAUUGGAAACUCUGAAAAUCACACAGAUGGCCUUCUUCCCCAACAUCCAGUGCAUGCUGAAAAUUUUUCUUACACUUCCUGUGACAACAUGCGAAUGUGAAAGAUCAUUCUCUGCAAUGCGAAGGCUCAAAACAUGGCUGAGAUCUUCCAUGUCUAGUGAAAGGCUCACAGGACUGGCGUUGAUGCAUGUUCAUCAAAAAAUUAAGCUGGACAAGGAGAGAGUCCUUAGACGAUGGGAUGCCUCUGGCCACAGGAGGAUUCAGCUAGCCUUCAAUGGAAAGAUUCAGCUGAUGGCCACGAGCUCUGUUUUGGUGUGUUUGGGCUUCGAUCACGUUCGGACAGCGCUCGUGGAUGUGUCACCUUGUCCCAGCGGGAACGUGACCAUCGCAAUGUAA